AUGCAGCAGCAUCAGCAGCGGGAGGCGGUCUUCAAGGAGGCCGUCGCAGCUGUGCUGGCCCAGUGGACCGUCUUGAACUUGGCUGUUGAGCAAGGAUGGGGGGGAAGAGAGUCGUACAAGAAGCGGCAGCAACUGUACGAAGAUAUCAUAACUGAGUUCAGUGAGAACAAGAAGGUGGAUGCAGACGACUUGGCUUGCAGCCUCUCGGAGCGGCUCAGCCGCGAGUUUUCCGUGUCUGUUGAAGACGACAGCGACCUGGAGGUGGCGCAGCUGCUUGUGGAGCUGCACGAGCAAACGAGCCGGGGCUGCUUUGAUUUGGCUGCAGCGGUGCAGCAGCAGCAGAAGCAGCGAGCAACUGCUGCUGCACAGAGUCGGUGUGGAAAUGUCCCUGCGGCAGAAGGUGACUGCAGCAUGAGCGACUCCAGCGACGAGGAAGAGGCUCUGGAAGCCCUCAUGUCAACAGUGGAGAUAGGGCAGGACGCUGAAGGGGGCAUUGCUUCGCGGACACGCUCGCGUCUAGCAGCAGCAGCAGCAGCAGCUCAAGGCGAAGCACAAAAAGAGCAGCAGCAGCCGGAUGCUGACGGAUGGACGACUGUGCCUGCUGGGAGCCGCAGCAGGAGGCCCCGCUGA